AUGUCUUUUCGAUCGCCUGAAGAUAGAGCCCGCGCGGCGUUAGAUUUUUUCCCCCAAACGGGACCUACCGUGGAAGAAAUUGAAGCCUCUAUCAGGUUCCAUAAGGCCGAUGUAUUGAGCGGAGGAGAAAUGGAAGGAGACGGCUUAAGUAUUUCAGACAUCGUGGAACGUAUCUCCCUUGCCGAGCGAGCCCAAGCAAUCCUCACCAACGGGGCAGGAAACAACCCAGCCUCUACCCUCGCGCCUCUAAAGCUCAAUUUAGCACACCUGGCAUUCUUUCUAUACGGGGAUAAAGCUCGGCUUCGAAGAGUGAUGUUUAGUGCAAACAAUCUUGACCUAUGUUUACGAUCUCUCGAGCCUUUCCUGAAGAUGAUCCUUCAGAAGUUGAGAGACAAACCUCUAGACAACCUUCAAUCUCCUACUACUGUACUACAAUCCGACAGUGAUAAAGAGGGGCCCCUAUACCAGCUAGGCGUCAAAACCGAUAAGCACGGCAACAAGACAAAGGAGAGAAAUCAGCCCGAGGCAGAUAAGGCACGACAACGCGACCAAUGCUGUAUCGCAACAGGCUGCCCUGAGAUUGAAGCAUGCCAUAUCAUGCCAUUCUCGGCCAACAAUAGGCCCGUGAGACUGUUGAAUCUACUUCAAGACCUUCUUACCCCAGCUAGAGGAGAACUUGCAACCUCGGAUGAAUCUUUCAAUAUUUUCUGCCUGGAACCCCUUACCCAUACAAGUCUUGAUAAGGGCUACUGUGCCUUAGAGUGGAUUGGUCUUAGUGAUAAAGGAGAGCUUGAUUGUAAGCUCGGGGAAGAGACCUAUAAAACUGUACGACUCCGCUGGCAUUGGCUACCAAACUGUAUUGCUGAUGCCCUUGGCCAAUCCUAUCUUCACGAGAGGACUACGCGUAAAGGUGAUACUGGCAGACUUUUAAAGUUUGGUAAUGGGUCAAGCCACUAUGCUAUGGCUACUGCCAUCUAUAAGCACCUCACCAACACAAGCAAGAUUAGCUCGCAUGGUGUGACUAUAGCCCGGAAUGCUGACUUCAGACCAUUGGUCUCUGGACAUAUCCUCUUCAUCAGGGUUAAGGAGGAGGAUUUGGACAAGACAAGGCUAAUGAUUCAACUCCAAUGGUUUGCUCUAAGAAUGGUAGCGAUAUCUGGGGCAGCUGAGGUGGUGGAUGACCUGGAUCCCGAACCUCCAAGUUCUCCCGAUGAGCUGCCAACAUAUUACAAAAUGCCAGACUUUGAAGCUGACGAGCUUGAAGAUGUCGAUCUACCCUCGCGCGGAAAGAGCUUCCCCGGACAACGACGGCCAGAUUAG